AUGUCGGCGCCGGAGCGGCCUACCGUUAUAAAAGCCCUCCUGAUAGGUCCUUCAAGCAGUGGGAAAACAUCUCUACUAAAACGUUAUGUCGACGAUGUUUUCGAACCCGAUGAUACAACUACAACGAUUGGAGUCGACUUUCGAGAAAAGAAAUUGACGAUAAAUAAGAAACUUUAUCGGUUGUUAUUGCAUGAUACUGCGGGACAAGAACGCUUCCGAACGUUAACUUCCUCGUAUUACCGUGGCGCACAUGGAAUCCUCCUUGUUUACGAUAUCUCCAACAGGGAUAGUUUCUUAUCUAUGCCCAGAUGGUUUGAGGAAGCAGAGAGAUUUGCGCCGGAAGGUGUAAUCAAGAUUCUCGUCGGCAACAAAACGGAUCGUACAGCUCAACGCGCCGUUAAAGCUUCCGAAGGCGAGGAAUUGGCAAAGAAACACGGCGCUAUCUAUUUCACCGAAACAAGCGCCAAGACGAGAGAUCAUGCGAAAGAACCAUUCCAAAAACUUGUCGAUGUCGUUCUUUCCACGCCCGGUGCUUUGGAUCCGAAUAGAGUGGUCGCCAGGAAAGCAGAUGUAGUCGAUGUAUCAGCGCAAGCACAGACGCAAGGAGGUGGCUGCGCUUGUUAA